GGGGCGGCUUCGCCCACGCUACAGCCCCGAGGCGCGGCCAGCGCAGCAGCGCCGGGACUCCGCUCCAUCCCCGCCGCUCCGUGCCCACCAUCCCCGGCUCUCCGAGCCUACCAUCCCCGGCUCUCCGAGCCCACCAUCCCCGGCUCUCCGAGCCCACCAUCACCGUCUCUCCGAGCCCACCAUCACCGUCUCGCCGUUCCCAUCCCCAUCGCUCCCUGCCCACGCCCGCGGCCCCGUUCCCCGCUCGCCCCCCGGGAUGGGCUCUCCCCCCGCCGCCCUGGCGCUGCUGGGUCUCGCCGCCGCCUGCGCCGCGGUGCCGCUGCCGCUGCCCGACGCCGGCCCGCACGUCAACUACGGCUGGGGGGAACCCAUCCGGCUGCGGCACCUCUACACCGCCAGCAAGCACGGGCUCUUCAGCUGCUUCCUCCGCAUCGGCGGCGACGGCAGGGUGGAUGCGGCCGGGAGCCAGAGCCCGCAGAGUCUGCUGGAGAUCCGCGCCGUGGCCGUGCGCACCGUGGCCAUCAAGGGCGUGCGGAGCUCCCGGUACCUCUGCAUGGACGAGACGGGGCGGCUGCACGGGCAGCUCAGGUAUUCCACUGAGGACUGUUCCUUUGAGGAGGAGAUCCGCCCAGACGGCUACAACGUGUACAGGUCCAAAAAAUACGGAAUAUCGGUGUCCUUGAGUAGCGCCAAGCAAAGGCAACAGUUCAAGGGAAAAGAUUUUCUCCCACUGUCUCAUUUCUUACCAAUGAUCAACACUGUGCCCAUGGAGUCCACAGACUUUGGGGAAUACGGGGAUUACAGCCAGGCCUUUGAGCCAGAGGUGUAUUCCUCGCCUCUGGAAACGGACAGCAUGGACCCCUUUGGCAUCAGCUCCAAACUGUCCCCGGUGAAGAGCCCCAGCUUUCAGAAAUGACUCUGAUCACACACAGGUUUUUACAGAAAUGUUGCAGAGUACUUUUUUUAGUGUUUCAUGUGGUAAUAUUUGGAACUUUUUUGUACGGGGCCAGCCUUUUCCUUUCAAUGUGUUGUACCUGUGGGAGAUGAGUG